GGUCAGUUUGUCACAAUGAGGUUUCUGAUCUCACUUUGUGUGUCGCUGCUGAUGAUUAAUGGUGAAAUAAUCAAUGGACAAACAUCAGAACCUACAACGUCCAUCUCUGAUCCAUGCUAUGAUUAUAACACUCUUGAUGAAUCCUGGAGAGACAUACGGCAAAGCUCAUAUCAGUACUCUGGUUAUGAUGACACUCUUGUUGACUGGAGCGGCUGGUAUCGGCUGUAUCUGAAUGGAGAAAGUGCCCAGAUGUCUGAGUGGUGUGUGAGUUAUGUGAAAUGUGGUGGCGACACUGGACUGUAUCUCAACGGUUCUCAUCCAACACUUGAGGAUGGAGUGGUGACCCGUGAAGUCGUGGGGACUUCUUUGUGGUAUUCCUCGGAGUGUGGCGACCACAAAUCUACUUCUGUCCAAGUUAAAGCUUGUCUUGGAGAUUAUUACGUCUAUGAAUUUGUUAAACCCAACAUAUCAAUCCCCAGACCAACAUACUGUGCAGUUGCUUUCCAAAGCAUCAGCAGUGAUCCCUGCUACAACUAUGAGUCUCUGGAUCGUCCCUGGAGAGCCAACAAUGAAAGUGGAGAUUACAUUUGUGAUGAACGUUUUUCCUGGAAUGGCUGGUACCGGCUUUCCUACUAUGGAAUGGACAUCCGGAUGUCAGAGACCUGUAUCAGUUCAUACAGCUGUAACACAUACUAUAAUCUGUGGCUCAGUGAUCCUCACCCUCAGAUAGAGGAUGGAGUGGUGAUCAGGGAGGUCUGUGGAGGGUCUUAUUGGGGAGGUUGUUAUGAUUACAAGUUUAAACCCAUCAGAGUGAAAGCGUGUCCAGGCAAUUACUAUGUCUAUGAACUUGUGAAUCAAGCAUGGUGGUGUUCAGGAUACUGCACAGAUGUCAGCACUAUUUCACAGGCGGUUUCCACUGUGAGUCCAGAUAUAUUCACUGGAUCCACCAUCGACUUGAAUUAUGACCCGUGUAAUAACUACAACACACUCGACAACCACUGGAGAAACACACUCAAUUACUGGUCUAUAUAUGGACUCAUAUCUGAUCAUGAUGACACUCGUGUAGAAUGGGACGGCUGGUAUCGACUCUUCAUUAAUGGAUCAAGUGCUCAGAUGCCUGAGUGGUGUUUUAAAUAUAUGUCAUGUGGAGGUUUAAGUUCUCUGUGGCUUGAUGGCUCUCAUCCUCGGCUAGAAGAUGGAGUUGUUACUCGUGAAGUUUACGGCUCCCGUGAUUAUCAGUGCAGUCGCUACAGAUCCGACCCAAUCCAAGUCAAAGCUUGUCCUGGAAAUUAUUAUGUCUACAAAUUUACCAGACCAACUCUUUCAAUCCCAGCUCCUGUAUAUUGUGCAGUUUCUUUCCAAAACAUCAGCAGUGAUCCCUGCUACAACUAUGAGUCUCUGGAUCGUCCCUGGAGAGCCAACAAUGAAAGUGGAGAUUACAUUUGUGAUGACAUGCUCUCCUGGAAUGGCUGGUACCGGCUUUUCUACUAUGGAAUGGACAUCCGGAUGUCAGAGACCUGUAUCAGUUCAUUCACCUGUAACACAUACAUCAAUCUGUGGCUCAGUGAUCCUCACCCUCAGAUAGAGGAUGGAGUGGUGAUCAGGGAGGUCUGUGGUAGUUAUCAUUGGGGAAGCUGCUGUGAAUACAACUUUAAACCCAUCAGAGUGAAAGCGUGUCCAGGCAAUUACUAUGUCUAUGAACUUGUAAAUCAACAAAUGUGGUGUUCAGGAUACUGCACAGAUGUCAGCACUAUUUCACAGGCGGUUUCCACUGUGAGUCCAGAUAUAUUCACUGGAUCCACCAUCGACUUGAAUUAUGACCCGUGUAAUAACUACAACACACUCGACAACUACUGGAGAAGCACACUCAAUUACUGGUCUAAUUAUGGAUACAUCUCCGAUCAUGAUGACACUCGUGUAGAAUGGGACGGCUGGUAUCGACUCUUCAUUGAUGGAUCAAGUGCUCAGAUGCCUGAGGGGUGUUUUUAUUAUAUGUCAUGUGGAGGUUAUAGUUCUCUGUGGCUUGAUGGCUCUCAUCCUCGGCUAGAAGAUGGAGUUGCUACUCGUGAAGUUUACGGCUCCCGUUAUGAUCAGUGCAGUCGCUACAGAUCCGACCCAAUCCAAGUCAAAGCUUGUCCUGGAAAUUAUUAUGUCUACAAAUUUACCAGACCAACUCUUUCAAUCCCAGAUCCUGUAUAUUGUGCAGUAUCUUUUAGCACACCAAGUGUCGACCCCUGCUACAACUAUACCAGUCUGGAUGAGCCUUGGAGAUCCACAGACAACUAUUACUAUAAUAACUAUUACUACUAUGGCAUGUGUGAUUAUAAUGUGGAGUGGAAUGGCUGGUACAGGAUGUUCAACAAUGGUGAAAAUGCUCAGAUGCCAGAAUCAUGUGUAAAUCAGUACACGUGUGGCACUGAUAAUCCACUGUCACUCAACGGCGCUCACCCACAGCUGGAGGAUGGAGUGGUCACCCGUCAGGUCUGUGUCUCCUAUUGGAGUGGCUGUUGCACUUACAAAUCCCAUCCUAUAAGAGUCAAAGCCUGUCCAGGAAAUUACUACGUUUAUGAGUUUGUCAAGCCAAUGUUUUGUGGAGCUUACUGUGCAGAUGUCAGAGGCCUUAAUGAGACAUCAUCCACUGACCCCUGUGCCCAACUCAACUGCACAGAGGAUGAAUGGUGUGGAGAGAAAAACGGUGUCUAUGGCUGUUUGUGCAAUGACAACCAGACCAGUCCAUCUUCUUUUGAUUUCUCAGAAACCUGUGAAAGCAGCUCUGGCUCCAUAUCUGUGUCUCGCUGUCAGCUCUUUGAGGCUGGUUUUCCAGCUGAUGUCUUACACCUCAAUGAUCCCGACUGCAAAGGAACGGUCCGGAACGGCCGAGUGGAAUUUCAUUUUGAUAAUGAUGAACACAUCUGUGGAACAAAUCUUGUGGCUAACGGCACCCACUUCAUCUAUGAUAACUUUAUUGUGGGGGCACCGAGAUCAGAAGGUCUCAUUAGCAGAGAGAAAAUCCUGAAGCUUUCUUUCAGCUGUGCUUAUCAUCAAUCACAAACACUUUCCAUGAACGUGAACAUCAACCCAUUGGAGAGUAUUGUGCACAAGACUCUUCCCGCUGGUGAAGGCAGAUAUCAGGUCCGGAUGAUCCCAUAUGAGGAUGAUGAGUUUACCCGGCCCUUCACUGGUCGAGUGGAUGCAGAGCUCGACCAGGAGAUGCAUGUGGAAGUUCGUGUUGAGGGGGUCGACAGCCGCCAGUUCGCCCUGGUGAUGGACACGUGUUGGGCUACACCUGUGAAUGAUCCCGAUUACAGCCUCCGCUGGGAUCUCAUCCUUUCAGAGUGUCCGAAUCCAGAUGACGACACAGUGGAUCUGCUGCAGAACGGCGUCUCGACAUCCAGCCGUUUCUCCUUCAGGAUGUUCGUCUUCACUGCAAACUCCACUAAGCUUUAUCUGCACUGUGCUGUUCACCUUUGCCUUCUGUCAAGCAAUCGCUGCUCAACGGACUGUGGCUCUGGACACCAGCGGAGAGAGCGCAGGUCUCUGGACUUCCAUGACAGUGCUUCCAUAUCCAUGGGUCCUCUGGUGUUGUCUGAAGGGAACACAGAUAAGUGGGUCCCAGAACAAGUGAAGGUAUCUGAGGCUUCUUGUGUGUGUGGUUCUCUGAUGCUUAUACUUGUUCCUCUGAUGAGUGUCCUCACACACUUUUAGUUUAGUACCACAACAAAAUGCAUUUUGCAUUGUAUAAUGCCAUUUUAAUGUGUGUGUAACUGAUGCCUUACUGGUUGUGGGUUUCUAAUUGUUUCGUUAUUGCAUAGUAUUCCUUCAAAUGAUAUAAUUAAUGAAUUAUUAUUUGAGAAUUUACUUGUUGGCUACUACAUCAAUCAUAUUUACUUAAGAAGAUGUGCUACAAUAAUAAUAAUAGACAAUCAGAUGAAUGUUUAUUCAAUCAUAGAAGAAAAUUAAUAAGGUCAUUCCUGGUUUCUUUUCCCUUUUAUAUCUUUAAGUGACUAAAUGACCGUUCACAUGCGUCAUUCCAGCAUUGUUCAAAGGUCCCUUCUUAAUAAUUGUUUGCAUACCUGAUAUCACUUGCUUUGUAUUUCUUCCUCUCUUCCAAACAGCCCCAUCAUCAGCAUACAAUGCACAUCCCACACUAUAUCCUAAAUUGUCAAAAAUAUUAUUAACCAUUAUAGUAAAAGAAUUGGACUUAGCACUCCCUUGAGGAAUACUAUUUUACCUUUUUCUAUAUCAAAAUACACUACUGCCAUUUCUUUCAUAGCUAUUGUCUUCUCUAGCCUACUUCAUUACUGACUUUAAUUAAUGCAUCCAUGUUUGAUCUUUUACCUCUAAAUCCACAUUGAUACUUUAAUAAAUGUACCUUUUUCUCUA